AUGUCUACUGCCGUCGAAAACACUACUCCCGACAACCAGGCCUCCACUGUCCCUACCACCGAGGCCUCCAACGGCUCUGCCCCCGCAGCUCAGUCCACCGCCGAUGCUGCUGCUGUCAGUGCUGAAGAAGGACGUCGGUUGUACAUUGGGAACCUCGCAUAUGCGACCACUGAGGGGGAGCUUAAGGAUUUCUUCAGCAGCCACACCAUUGAGAGCGUUUCCAUCCCUGUGAACCCUCGCAACAACCGCCCUGUUGGCUAUGCCUUCGUCGACCUUGCUACCGCCACCGAAGCUACUGCCGCUAUCGCAGAACUCUCUGGAAAGGAGAUCCUUCAGCGCAAGGUCUCUGUUCAGCUUGCCCGCAAGCCGGAGCCUGCUGAGGCCAAGGCCGAGGGUGCCGCAAGUGGCGGUGAAGGCGCUAGCGGCAACGAGGGCCGCAAGAGGGCGGGAGGACGUACUCGUGGUCGCGGUCGUGGUCGCGGCCGUGUAGGUCGCGGAACACGCGGAGGUCGCUCGGCUGCGGCUACUGAGGGCGCUGAGGAGCAGCCCACCACUGCUUCCAACGAGAAUGCUCCUCUUGCUGAAGUCAACAACCAGAAUGAUGCCGCUCCCGUCACCGAGUCUGGCAAGCCUGCCCGCAAGCCCAGCACUCGUCCCCAGAAGCAGCGUGGCCCUCCUGAGGAUGGCAUUCCUUCCAAGACCAAGGUUAUGGUGGCGAACUUGCCUUAUGACCUUAGCGAGGAGAAGCUGAAGGAGAUCUUCGCCGCCUACCAGCCCGUCUCCGCCAAGAUCGCUCUCCGCCCCAUCCCCCGCUUCAUGAUCAAAAAGCUCCAGGCCCGCAACGAGCCUCGCAAGGGUCGUGGUUUCGGUUUUGUUACCCUUGGAUCCGAGGAGCAGCAGGAGAAGGCUGUAAAGGAGAUGAACGGAAAGGAGAUUGAGGGCCGUGAGAUCGCCGUCAAGGUCGCCAUUGACAGCCCCGGUAAGGAGGACGACGCUCCCGGUGAGGCCACUGAAGAAGCCACGGAGGCUCCGGCUCAGGAGAACGCCGUUCCUACUACUGCCACUGCCACUGCCUAA